AUGGAAAAACAGCAGCGACUCAAUGCUGGUUUACCAAAAUCUGCUAAAAAGGCAGCCGAAAUUGAACCCAAGAAGCCUGUGGUUGCUGCUACAGUAAAUCAAGACGAUAAGGCCAAAAAGACCCAAAAGACUCAGAAGAUCCAAGAAAACGAUGUUCCCUGGUUACUCCACCUCGACACUCCGAAACGUCCUGAUAGCAGCACUCUCGAUCUUCAUCCUGCUGUUUUGACUCUAGGAUUGUAUUUCUCUGAGUUUAAGAUUGUUGGCUCAAACGCGCGCUGUGUAGCCAUGUUGGAAACAUUUUCAAAGGCAAGUGUUAUUGAGGAACACAAACCUCCAUCAGAUGCAACUUUCUCUCGUCACAUUCAGAAACACUUGGACCCUCAGAUUGCCUACCUCUUAAGCACACGACCCAUGUCUCUCAGUAUGCGUGAAUGUAUCCGAUGGUUGAAGAAAGAGAUGUCAGAUAUUGUUGAAGAAGAUCCGCCUCUUUCCGAUGACGAUGCACGCCAUCGACUUAUGGAUCGUAUUGAGCAUUUUAUCAGAGAGAGAAUCACAAUGGCAGAUCGUCUGAUUGUGCAAUAUGGUUUGCAAAAGAUCCAAGACGGUGAAGUGAUCUUGACCUAUGGAAAAUCUUCCGUAGUAGAAAGCCUGUUACUUGAAGCAAAGAAAAAAGGAAUUGAGUUUAAGGUGAUUGUAGUGGAUAGUCGACCCCUCUUUGAGGGUAAACAUUUGAUUCGUCGCUUGGUAGCGGCAGGGAUCGAUUGUUCGUACCACUUAUUGUCGAGUGUGUAUGUGGCCCUAAGAUCAGUUACAAAAGUGCUGAUGGGUGCGCAUGCCUUGUUGAACAAUGGUGCAGUUUAUUCGCGUAUUGGUAGUGCAAUGGUUGCAAUGGCUGCUAGUGAUAAGCAAAUACCAGUUAUGAUCUGCUGUGAGACCUACAAGUUUGUCAAUCGCACACAGGUCGAUUCGUUUGUCAUGAAUGAGAUCGGCAACCCUGAUGCUCUUGUUAACACUAAGCCUACUUACAAUGCAAACCACCUUGACCAGCCCACAUCAGACGUCUCUGUCCUUACCUCAUGGCGAGAACAACCCAACUUAAGAUUACUCAACCUCUUGUAUGAUGUUACACCAUCAAAGUACAUCACACUUGUUGUUACUGAAGUUGGUUUGAUUCCAUGUACAUCUGCACCUGUCAUCUGGCGUGAAUACAAGUAA